AUGAUCAAAGAUAAAAUCAACAACACCUCCGAUCUCAAUUACGAUGCUAUCUCCUCUACUCAUCUUGUAGGCAUACAAGAAACUGCCAAAGAAAUUAAUAAAUUAAUUUGCAAUAACCUUCCAACCAACGAAUAUGGAAUCGACUCAAUAACCUCGAAAGCUAUUGACACCCUCAAUCAUAACCUACUUAACACAAAUAACAAUAGACACUUAAACUUUAACUGCUAUACAAACUUACCCGAUGAAGUAAUCUUAAAAGAAGGUGCAAGAGUUAUGUUCCUAAACAAUAAACUAUUCGACCACAACAUUUGCAACGGUACAAUCGGU